AUGGGUGAUGCUCCAUUAAAAUAUCUUCCACCAAAAUAUGUUACCGAAACACAAACAACAUUUAUUGAAGAUAAACAAAAUGAAGAUGAACAAAUUGGUGAUGAUAUUGAAAUAAUUCCAAUAAAUAUUAUUCCAAAUGAUUUUGUUCAAUUAGAUUUAAAUGAAUGCAAUGAAAAGUCAAAUAUAGUUUGGUUUCUUAUUUAA